AUGUCUUACUCCAACAAGGCCCUCCUCAUCUCCGCCCUCCUGGCCAUCGUCGAAGCUCGCUUCGGCCAGGAGCAGGUCCCCGUCUCCGCCAUCUCUGCCCUCUCCAACCUCGGCAACCCAGGCGAGGCCGCCACCCUCGCCGGUGGCGUCCCCGGUGUCCUCCUCGGUGCCGCCAACCCUUGCGGUAAGCUCGAGCUCGCCGACAAGAUCGUCACCCAGCUCGGCAACUCCCAGGAAGUCAUCCAGGCCGCUCGUGGCCUGGUCGCCGCCGAGCAGAACUUCAACCCCUUCGCCACCAACAUCCCCAGCAUCUGCGGUGACGCUUCCCUCCCCGCCACCGCCGAGCUCCGCGGUGUUGUUCCCCUGGUUGACCCUGCCGUCACUGGCUCCGACGCCGAGAACGCCAACUCGGCUACUUCUCUGCAGAACCCCUUUGAUGCCACCGGUCUGUCUGUCGCCGAUGUCAUGAAGGCUCAGGGCUUUUCCAACUUUACCGUUGCUGGACAGGCUGCUGGCGGUAACGCUGGCGGCAAUGCUGGUGGUAACGCUGGCAAUGCCAACAACGGCAACAACGGCAACAACAACAACAACAACAACAACAACCAGAACAACAACAACAACGGAAAUGCCAACAACGGCAACGCGAACACUGGCAACAACAACAACCAGAACACCGGCAACAACAAUGCCAACACUGGUAACGACAACGCCAACGACAACGCCAACGACAACGCCAACGACAACGCUGAUGACUGCGGAAACGCAGGCAACGCUGGUAAUGCCAAUGAUAAUGCCAACAACAACAACAACGGCAACGCAAACACUGGAAACAACAACAACAACCAGAACAACGGCAAUGACAAUGCCAACACUGGCAACAACAACAACGCCAACAACGGAAACAACAACAACAACAACGGCGGCAACGCAAACAACGGCGGCGCUGCCGGUGGUGCUACCGGAGCCGCCGACUUCGGCCAGUGCACUCCCACCAUGGACUUCGUCCUCGGCCGCAACGGACGCAAGGCCACCGAGGGUACCUUCCUGCCCACCGACCCCCUUGUCGCCCAGGGCCAGCAGGAGGCUCUGAACCCCAACAUCAUCACCAACCGAAUCUGCGACCAGCUCACCAACGUCUGCAACGCCAACGACGCCGCCAAGACCCUCUGCAAGGACGCCCAGGCCCAGAUCCAGGCCUCCGGUGACCGCAGCGCCGCCGUCGCCGACACCUGGAACGGCCUCCUCGGCUUCUAA